AUGUUCGGCCAGUUCUCAACUCAAGGAUCUAGCACAAAUCAACAGUAUAAUACAGAUGGUCCUUCUAACAGUGACUUUUGGUUGCAAAACAAAAACAGCAGUACCUCAGCAUACUCAAGUACUGAUAAUCAACAUUUGAACGUCACCCCAACCUUGACAGGUUAUAAUCAAAAUGUAGCAGAAAGCCAACAAUAUAACAACACCAAUAACUCAUAUAACACAGCUGCUCCAAACUCAAUGAUUGAUAUGCAACCGAACUUAAUGCAUUCAAAUCAUGCUCAUAUGGAUAACCAGGGACAAUCGAAUAAUGCAACUAUGUAUAACUCAUCGGGUCCGAUUCCUCCUCAGUUUCCAAGUAGUAACAUGUUUCAACAGCAAUAUUCCGGAGCAUUCGUAUCUCAGUAUUCCAACCUUACGCACUUACCAAUUGGAUCGAAUAUGGAUCAAUCAGUAGGCAGCACCGGUCAAGCUAUUCAACCUCAAGGUGCUGGCUACAUGCCAUCAAUGAACAACACUGGUGUAGCUCAACCGUUUACCAAUAGUGGUAAUGAUCUACAUCAGUUACAGCAGCAUCCACUGACGCAUCAAGUUACAGGCUAUUAUCCGCCAAAUUCCUUUUCACCUGCAAAGAAUAAUUCAUUUACAGCACCACCCCACAAUGACUCGAAUGAGGUAGUCUCUCAACCCUUAAAACCCCAGCAAACCGGAUUUUACGUUCAAAACGCCCAACAGUAUCCUAUUGAACCUCUAAAGCCUAAUGCUACAGGGUUUGUAAACUCCUUUGCUAACAAUGGUGUAAAUAAUGAGAUCAAAAUACCUGCAAUUAGACUUUCUUUCUUAACAUCUGAAGAUCAAGCAAAAUUUGAGAAAUUAUUUAGGUCAAUAGUUAAUAAGGGAUCAAAUACUGCAUCAGGACAAAACUGUAGAAAGAUUUUAGUCAAGUCAGGAUUACCUCCAUCGGAUUUAGCUAGAAUUUGGUCACUUUGUGAUACGACAAGAGCAGGCGAAUUACUGUUUCCAGAAUUUGCAUUGGCAAUGCAUUUGAUCAAUGAAGUAUUACAAGGUGAUUCAGUUCCAUAUGAAUUGGAUACAAAGACAAAAAAUGAAGUUGAAAGUUUUAUUGAUGCCAUCAAUUUGAGUAUUGUAGAUGAGGCAGAGGGUGCAAAUGCAGCUUCAAUCCAAAAUGUACAUAAAACUCCCUUUGAUAAUUUAAUUAAUAAUCCGAACGCCAGUCCACAAGUGACUCCGCAACCUUUGAGAAACGAUCUAAAUCAAUUGCAACAAGCUCAAAAUUUAACUCCCCAACAUUCUAAUCUUGGUGUCAAUUACAAUGUUCAGCACUCAAAUGUAAGUCAACCCGCCCAAAAUAUGAAUAGCAUUAAUCCCCUACCACCUUCGAUACCCAGUUUAGAGAAUGUGCAAACUCCUUUGCAACAUCAGCUAACUGGCUAUGUCCCUCAGUCCACGAUAGUUAAUCAGGUCGUUAACAAUCAAGUCCCAUUACAACAACAAUCCACAGGAUACUUGACCUCACAAGCUCCAAAUCCAAAUGCACCAAAUCAGGUCCCAUUACAACAACAAUCCACCGGAUAUUUGACCUCCCAAGCUCCAAAUCCAAACGCACCAACAAAUCAAGUGCCAAUUCAACAACAAUUAACAGGAAAUGUACGUCAAGAAUUAUCAGAAGUCAACUUCACGAAUAACAACCAAACGGCAUCUCAACAACAAAAUGCUACCUAUAUGCCACAUGUAGACGAUACAUAUAGCGCACAUAAUAUUCAAAACAUUAAUCAACAAUAUACUGGUCCAUACAACCCGAAUUUGUCUAACCCAAUGUAUCCUCAACCACCUACAAACAUUGGAAAUGGACAACAGCAGAACCAGCCCAUUCCUAUUAUCCAGCAACCUACAGGUUCGAUACCUCCUACUUCAUUUGGAAUGCCCUAUCAAACUACAGGAAACUUUUCAUUGCCGCAACAGGCCACUGGAGGAUAUAUACCACAGACGCAGCAAGGUAUCUCAGUAUUGCAACAACAAACAACAGGAUUCCUUCCUCCGACAAAUUUUAACCCAACACUUCCUUUGACAGCUCAGAAAACAGGAUAUGGUAACAACGAACUAUACGCUCAAUCCAAUUUUCUUGAUAAAGUCAUUAAAGAGGAUAAUGAUGUUAUUGCACCUGAGGAAAAAUCCUUAUACUACAAAAUUUUUGAAACAUAUGAUGCAGGUCAUCGUGGUUACUUAGAAUCAGGGACUGCUGUAGAGAUAUUUAGAAAAUCGGGAUUGAAUAGAACUGACUUGGAGCAUAUUUGGAAUUUGUGUGAUACUACUAAUAAUGGCCAAUUAAAUAAGCAAGAAUUUGUGGUAGGAAUGCAUUUAGUAUAUGGGAAGUUAAAUGGGAAACCGCUACCCAAUAAGUUGCCAGCAAAAUUGGUUCCUUCUAGUGAAAAAAUUAUAGAUAAUGUGAAGAAUCAAUUGAAAAUAAAUAUAAACUCUAACAGCGGUAACCGCUCAUUUACCAAAACAGAUGCUUCAAAUUUUAAGAAUAACGAUGAGAAAAAUGUAUUGCCCAGCUUUAGAAACCGUAGGAAAAAGGUAGCGACCUCAACAGAGCAGCCUGCCCAACUUAAGGAUGCUAAACCGACCAAUUUAGAAGUUGCUAUGAAGAAUGAAAAUUUAAAAUUAGAGGAGGUUAAUAAAUUGAAAAAAGCUAUAGCAACAAAAGAGGAACUCUUAAGACGUAAGGAGCCCAAUGUUGAGACGAAGGUUACGACAGACAUGUUAAAGACUAAGAUUCAAAAUGCGUACAAAUUGAUAAAAGGUGGCGAACCCCAAUUUACACCAGCAUUGGAGAAUAGAUUCGCAUGUUUAAUAGAAAAAAUCCCAAAUCUAUUCAGCGAUAUAGCCAGAACAGACGAGGCUAUUAAAAACGCUAGAAUUAAGCUGGUUUCCUUAAAAAAUGGUGAACCUAUCAUUGGUUCUGGUCCUAAUGGUGAGGUUACUGAGAAAGAUAAGAAAAAGGCUCAAAAUAAAGCAUUAUUAAAAAAGAAGAUGGAUGCAUUGAUGGGAAAGCCGAAUGAUGAUUCUAAUGAGCAAGAAAUAUCUAGAAUUAAUGAGGAAUUUGAGAAAAAUAGAAAGAUCAUUAAUGAUAUCAGAUCAUCAAUUUCCGAAGUUGCCUUCGCUUUACAUCCCAGAGGUGCGAAAGGAGUAGAUGUCUCAUCAUUUGAAAAGUGGGAAAUGGGGCUAGGACUGGAGCCUGAAGUGUUUCACUAUAUCCAAAAGUUAAGAAAUGAUGAAUCUUUACACGUAUCGAAUAAUAAUCUCAAAGCAGGUUCGUCUGUUAACACCGGCCUAACGUCAGACAGGGCUACAGCAUUAAAGGCGCAAGCUCAGGAAAAGAUGAAACAACGCUUGUCUCAGUUUAAUGAAAGACAUCAACCAGAAAAUGGAACACCACCAAGUGAAGUAGAGCCCAGUUUUUCAAAUAAAGAAAAUGAACGUUAUCAACACUCUUCUAACCAUGGAAAUUUAAUUGAUUUUGAUGAUAGUCCGUUUGCAGAUAAUAAAGAGAGAGAAAUAAGUAUUUCAAAUGAAAUAUCUAAUACUUCAAAAGUAACUGAAGGUUUAUCGAACUCUGACACUUCGGAAGAUGAGGAAGAAAGGCAGUUACUGGAACAGCUCAAAAAAAUUAAGCUCAGAAAGAAGGCUGAAAGGGAAAAGCGUGGUAUUAAUCAGAGUAAAGAAUCUAGUAGUUCUUUGAUCUGA